GGAUUUAGUUUUAAGAAAUUAUGGGCGUUCACUGGUCCAGGGUUUCUGAUGAGCAUCGCGUAUCUCGACCCUGGGAAUAUUGAAUCAGAUCUACAAUCAGGAGCCAUUGCUAACUAUAAGUUAUUAUGGGUAUUAAUGUGGUCUACUGUUAUGGGGUUAGUUUUACAACUUCUCGCUGCUCGUCUUGGCUGUGUUACUGGAAUGAACCUGGGUGAAGUUUGUAGAGUCGAGUAUCCCAGGGUUCCGCGUAUUAUUCUAUGGAUUAUGGUGGAGAUCGCGAUCAUAGGAAGUGACAUACAGGAAGUGAUUGGUUCCGCCAUUGCUAUUAAUUUAUUAUCCAAUAAAACAGUUCCGAUCUGGGCUGGAGUUCUGAUCACUGGCGUGGACACCUUCACCUUUCUAUUUUUAGAAUCAGCUGGGUUACGAAAGUUAGAGGCUUUAUUCGGAGCCUUGAUAACUACCAUGGCUGCUACAUUCCUCUAUAUGUAUAUAACGGUUAAACCAAACCAAGGUGAUAUUUUAAUUGGUUUAUGGUUUCCAUGGUGUUCAGAUUGUAAUAAAGAAGCUAUUCAACAAAUGGUUGGAAUUGUAGGCGCUGUUAUCAUGCCGCAUAAUAUCUAUUUACAUAGUGCUUUAGUACUGUCUCGUGAAAUUGACAGAAGUGAUAAGAAGUAUAUCAAGGAGGCUAAUUUGUACUACUCUAUAGAAUCAGCAAUUGCUUUAUUUCUAUCGUUUCUGAUCAACCUGUUUGUGGUGGCCACAUUCGCUGCUGCUUUUUCUGACAAAUCAGAUGCAGAUGACGCCAGUCUACGGAAUGCAGGUGAUUGGAUUUAUGAUAAAUACGGCUUUGGCAUGAAGAUUAUUUGGGGUAUUGGUAUUCUAGCUGCAGGUCAAAGUUCAACUAUGACAGGAACGUAUGCUGGUCAGUUUGUCAUGCAGGGUUUUUUGAAUAUAAAAUGGGCGAAAUGGAAGCGUGUAUUAUUAACUCGAACUAUAGCAAUAUUACCGACCAUAGUAGUUGCCACAGCAGCCACAGAUCACCUUGAUGAUAUGAGUAGUUGGUUAAACGUCUUACAAAGUGUUCAACUUCCGUUUGCUUUAUUACCCAUACUGCAUUUCACCAGUAACCAUAGAAUUAUGGGGGAUUUUGAAAAUGGAAGGUAUGUAUUGUCAGAGUUUGAUUGGUGA